UGCUACUGCACCCCUCCCCCUUAUCUGACCGCGGCGGCCAUUUACUUCGGCGUCUUCUACCCGUUUGGAAACGCUGCGCUGUUGCGGAGUUUCCCCAGUAAUCCGGCUGAUCCCGCUCAGUCCUGUCAGUCUCCUGCCGGCAUCUUGUCUGCCGCGUGCGGGUUAGUGUGCGGAGAAUGUUCUACGCUGUGAGGAGAGGCUGGAAUGCGGGAGUCUACUACACGUGGGAUGAGUGUAAGGAGCAGGUGGAUCGCUUUUCAUCGGCCAGAUACAAGAAGUUUGCUUCAGAGGACGAAGCCUUUCAGUUUGUAAAUGACAAUGAGGAAGACUCCGAUGACAACGAGGAAGACUCCGAUUACAACGAGGAAGACUCCGAUUACAACGAGGAAGACUCCGAUGACGAGGAAGACUCCGAUGACGAGGAAGACUAUGAUGACAAUGAGGAAGACUGUGAUGACAACGAGGAAGACUGUGAUGACAAUGAGGAAGACUUCGAUGACAAUGAGGAAGACUCCGAUGACAACGAGGAAGACUAUGAUGACAACGAGGAAGAAUGUGAUGACAACGAGGAAGAAUGUGAUGACAACGAGGAAGACUGUGAUGACAACGAGGAAGACUGUGAUGACAACGAGGAAGACUGUGAUGACAACGAGGAAGACUGUGAUGACAACGAGGAAGAAUGUGAUGACAACGAGGAAGAAUGUGAUGACAACGAGGAAGACUGUGAUGACAACGAGGAAGACUGUGAUGACAACGAGGAACAAUGUGAUGACAACGAGGAACAAUGUGAUGACAACGAGGAAGACUGUGAUGACAACGAGGAAGACUGUGAUGACAACGAGGAAGACUGUGAUGACAACGAGGAAGAAUGUGAUGACAACGAGGAAGACUGUGAUGACAACGAGGAAGACUGUGAUGACAACGAGGAAGACUGUGAUGACAACGAGGAAGACUAUGAUGACAAUGAGGAAGACUCUGAUGACAACGAGGAAGACUCCGACUAUUAUGGAGAAAGUAACUAUGAUGUCCAGAGCACUCCUCCACAACAGGUCUAUUAUGAGAAUACUUCUUACCGGGCCAAAAGACCACGCUAUCAAACCGCAAGCGCCUCUACUAGUAGCUAUGAUGACCAGAGCUCUCCUCCACAAGUUUAUCACAAAGCCAAGAGACCACGUUCUGAAACAGCAAGCUCCUCUACUACUAGGUCAACUCCGAAACAGAUUAAGUUAAUUGAUCCCAGCUCGCUGCCAUCCCAUAGUGGGCAAUCCACUGCUGUGUGUAUACUGUUCUACCCCCUACAACAAGCUAAUUGAUCCCCCUGGCCUGUCCAAUUAGCCACAAAGUCAGCCCAGUGUCUGACGGGUGCCUCGACCCUGUUGACGCAUGAAUCUGUGAACGCCUGUUAAUACGUUAGUAUUGAAAAAUUUGCGUACUAUACAAUUGUACGGAGCAGCUGAUUGGUUUCCAUGGGCAACUUCUCCACAGGCUCACUUCUCCACUGCUUCAUGAAUAGACCCCUUAGUCUCUAUUUCUGCCCAUGAAAAGCAAAAUGUUGGUUUUCCGAUUGGUUAUAUUUGGUAAUGUUUUUAUUUUGGUAAAGCAGUGAUAAUAUGUA